AUGGCGGCCGUCUCAGCACCCACUCCGAAGCUGGAUCGCUACAUUGUCAUCCACGUUGCAACCACCUGCGACGAGCAUGGCGUCUAUGUCACCAAGGACUCCGCCGAGGUCAUUGAAUUGGGAUGGAUUCUGCUGGAUACCAAGACCUGCGAGGAGUUGCACCGUGAAAGUGUCCUCGUCAAGCCGGUCAACACUCCGAUCACACCUCUCUGCACCAGCUUGACCACCCUCACCUGGGAACACGUCCGCUCCGCAGGAACUUUCCGCGAUGCGAUCUCCCGAUUCGAUGCCUUCGCCACGGAACAUCUCACCAACCAGAACCUCCAAUUUGCCUUUGUGACCCUGGACUCGUGGGAUCUACGGGUGCAGCUGCCUCGCGAAGCCCGGGACAAGGCGGUUGUGCUGCCUGCAUACCUGCAGCACUCCCGCACCUUCGAUCUGCGGACCGAAUAUCAACGUUGGCAGACCCACCACCCUGAGUCUCUGCCCUUCGGUCCUAGCUCCCUUUCCAAUAUCUGUGCCGCUCUCGAAGUCGAACCGGUUCAGUCCUCAGCCCCUAUCAAGCACAACCUUCCCUUCCAUCUGCAAGCCCUGGCGCCCGCCUCGCCUCGCCGUGCCAUGGAGGAGUCCAUCACUCUCGCCCGCGUGCUUCGGGGUCUGAUCCGCAAGUCCCAGCCCGCCCAUGAACAUCCCGAGAUUCUGACCCGUCCGAUGGAUGCCCAUGCCGAUGUCCGGGCCUUCUUGGCCGAGCGAAGCAAGGUGCUGCACCUCAGCGGCCUGCCCCACGAUACCACUCAAUCGGAGUUGGAGAGCUGGUUUACUCAGUUCGGAGGUCGUCCGAUUGCCUUUUGGACUCUCCGGACUCCGGAUCAGCAUAAGCCCACUGGCACCGGAUUUGCCGUGUUUUCGUCCCAUGAGGAGGCUGCCGAGAGCCUGUGCAUGAACGGCCGCGCACUCAAUGAGAAGGCCAUUGAAGUGUCUCCUUCCUCCAGCCGUGUUCUGGACCGCGCCGCCGAGAUUCUCACUCCGUUCCCUCCGUCCAAGAACCGCCCUCGUCCCGGUGACUGGACUUGCCCCUCUUGUGGGUUCUCGAACUUCCAGCGCCGCACCGCUUGCUUCCGCUGCUCGUUCCCUGCGAUGGCUGCUGCGCCGGACCCCAUGGGCUACGGCUAUGGCUACGGCCCACCUAACAUGAUGCCGCCUCACAUGGGCCAUGGCCACGGAAUGGGACACUCUCGCGGCAUGCACGGUAACAGUGGUGUCGUUCCAUUCCGUGCGGGUGAUUGGAAGUGUGGUUCCGAGGGAUGUGGUUACCACAACUUCGCCAAGAACAUCAACUGCCUGCGCUGUGGUGCCCCUCGCUCCGGUGCCGCUGUUGUGGCCGAUUCCGCCUUCCCGUCCUCCAUGGACCCCCCGUCGCAGUUCGGCAUGGGCCCUAAUUCCAUGGCUAGUACCCCCGCCCCCGGUCCCUUUGCCUCGACCGCCGGUGGCUUCAGUGGCUUCACUCAGCAGUUCGGUGGUCCGCCCAACAACUAUGCUCUCCCCAGUGGGGGCCUGAGCAAUACUCCCGGAGCGUACCCGCCGAUGGGCCAGGUCAACUCGGGCUAUGGCUCAUCCAGCACUUCACACUCGGCCACUUCCUUUGCCAACCCUGCUACUCAGGCAGCCUUCACCGGCGCAGAUCACGGUGUGCCUUCUACUAGUGCCUCCAACGGUGCAUUUUAUGCCUCUGAGGGUUCCAGCGACCCUUUUGCCUUCCUGUCGACCGGGUUGGGUGGUCUGACUGUUUCUGAUGAUGCUCACUCUCGACGCAAUGGUGCGGGUGCUAACAAGUCGCCUGCUUAA